UCGAAGCAAGUGCAGGCUGUUGAAGUUUAUCCUAAAGAAAGUGAAAUAAUAAUAAAAAAAAGAAACUUUUCUUUUGGUCUGAAUUCCGUGGAGCAGCAAACUCGCUUUAUUCUCUUUGAAUUUUUGUUUCGUGAUUUUGUUUUUGUAAAGGAGCUCUUUGCAAAGGAGUUGAACCCACUCCCCACCCCUCCGGCGUCCGCUCGGCGAGGCUGUGUGAGGAGACCAUGGUGUACGCGCUAUGUGUGCUGGCCGUAGCGACGCUGAGUGUCAAGUUGGCCGCCUCUCUGGGACCUAUCGUCCGCUGCGAGCCGUGCGACGCCCGGGCGCUGGCUCAGUGCAAGCCGCUGCAGGGAGACUGCCAGCCGGUCAGGGAGCCGGGCUGCGGCUGCUGCAUGACCUGCGCCCUCCGCCAGGGGCAGCAGUGCGGCGUCUACACCGAGCGCUGCGCCUCCGGCUUCACCUGUCUGCCCCAGGCCGGGGAGAGCAGACCCCUGCAGGCACUGCUGGAAGGCAGGGGUAUCUGCACUAACCAGACGGUCAAACUCCGCAUCCUGACCGCUGCAGGAAAUGCCAACCGUUCAGAGGAUGAGAGGAAUGCCAGUAACUCAGGGAAUGAGUGGAGUCCCAACACACACCGAAUGCAAGAGAGUAAAAGUCACCAGCAGCAUAAUAAAUUGCUGCGGAAAGAGGCAUCAAGAAAAUCCCAGCUGUACAAAAUUAACAAUGAAGCAGAGAAUACAGAAACCACCAACUUUUCGUCAGAAAUAAAACACGACACAGAAUACGGUCCUUGUCGGAGAGAAAUGGAAGACAUCCUAAAUAAUUUGAAAGCUGUAUCCAUUCUGAGCCCCAGAGGUGUAUACAUUCCAAAUUGUGACAAAAAAGGCUUCUACAAGAAAAAACAGUGCCGAUCAUCUAAAGGGAGGAGGCGAGGUUUAUGCUGGUGUGUGGAUAAAUAUGGCACUCGGCUGCCUAGCUACGAAAGAAAUGGAGAGUUGCGUUGUUAUAGUUUUGAGACUAACUGAGGAACCCUGCCACUCCCAUGAACUCUGUAUGUAUGUGAAUGAAAGAGAGAGAGAGAAAGAAAAUGAGCAAGAGACACUGAUUGAUCAGAGACCUCAGAGCAAUUGGCAGUAGACAUGGGCUGCCUAUGUUCUAGAGCUGUGAGCUCUGCUGCCAGUUUAGGUUGGGAAAGGGGGCUUUCUUCAGCCCAGAUGUUACAGCUCUAUCCUGCCACAUAUUCUUCCAGCUCCCUGAAAGAAUGGGAGUUUUUUUUUAAUUCCCAAGAAAUCUGCACUACAGUUCCCAAGGAAAAGGCACUUCAGAAAGGAAUCAGGGAAUCUCCACUUGACUAUUUAAAAAACUGCCUGUGACCAAUUUGAUCCUGACAGACUUUGUGCUCUUAUGUAAAAAUAUUAGUGUAUGAUACUACAUAUUUUGAAAUGUCUUGUUCUGCAGGUCUGAAACAGGAAACUAGCCUUCACGGGUAAAACGUUCUAUAAAAUUUUAAAAAAGGACUUUUUGUUCUUUUUAAAAAAAAGCUUUCAUGUUACUAAAAAGUCAUAUGAUUAUUUUUCCUUAAAUGAAAUGAAUAUUCUGUUAGAAUAUGGUCUGUAUUUAAUAUAAUUAUGUU